UCUUGUUUAGUUACACAGCAUUUGUUUUUAUUUUAAUGGAGCAUAAAAGAGGUCCUACACGUAAACUACUUUCUGUUUCGCUUUCACCUCAGUCGUCACUAAAUCAAUCUUCAAGACAAACAAAACCACUACCAGUGUCACCACAGGUGCCACUGAAAUAUGCUGCUCAGGUAGCUUCAGGGGAAGGCUAUGUUGUCAAUAAUAAUAAAAAUGACAGUCCAUUAUGGCUGGAUGACUACAACACGUUCCACGAUUCUGUGUUUGUCACAUUUGUCAACGAAACAAAAGCUCUUGGUGGAGAUUUGGCUGAACUAGCUUCCCUCCUACAAACUGCAUUUGAUGCCCACAAAAAUGUCCUGUUGAUUGCUGCCAAUAAUGGCCGACCAAACAAUAAUGAUCUGCAACAAAUUUUGAAGCCUUUAAGUGAAGGAAUAACCGCAAUUCAGACUUUUCGCGAAAGCAAACGAAGCAGUAAACAGUUCAAUCACUUAUCUGCUAUGUCUGAAGCCAUUCCUUUCCUUGGUUGGGUUGCUGUGGCACCGAAACCUGCAGCUUACGUUCAGCAAAUGGAAGAAUCAGGGCAAUUCUACACAAAUAAAAUAUUAAAGGAAUUUAGAGAGUCUGAUCCCAAACAAGCAAAUUGGUCAAAAUCACUAAUCAAGAUGUUGAAAGAGACACAAGCUCAUGUUAAAGAUAACCAUGGUACAGGAUUGAUGUGGAAUAAAGAUAAGCCUGCAGCUACUGGUGCAUCUGCUGCUGCAACAAGUGCUCCUGCCGCUAAUGGUGGUGCACCGCCACCCCCACCACCUGGCCCUCCACCUCCAGCAGCACCUGAUGCGAGCUCAUCUACUCCAGCUGUUGAUACUAGGGCUGAACUGUUUGCAGCGUUGAACAAGGGGACAGGUAUUACGACAGGUUUAAAGAAAGUGACAGACGAUAUGAAGACGCACAAAAAUCCUACAUUGCGUGGCCAGUCUAUUGUACCUGCAGCCAAAACGUCAAACUUAAGUCCUCGUCCUUACGCACCAGCCACAUUUAAGAAGUUCAGCGCACCAGAAACCAAGAAACCACCUGUUUUUGAGUUGCAAAUGAAAAAGUGGAUUGUGGAAUACCAAGAAGGUAAUCAGAACCUGGUGAUUGAAAACACCAAUGAUAAACAAACAAUCUACAUGUUUAAAUGCAAAAACUCCGUCCUCCAAGUUAAAGGGAAAGUAAACUCCAUUACUCUUGACAGCUGCCAAAAAUGCGGUGUCGUAUUUGAAGAUUUGAUAUCAACAUGUGAAUUCGUCAACUGCCAAAGUAUCAAAGCUCAGGCAAAUGGCAAAGUCCCAACGAUCUCGGUAGAUAAAACAGACGGUGUGUUGAUUUAUUUGAACGACAAGAGUUUGGACGCGCAGAUCAUUAGUGCGAAAUCUAGCGAAAUGAAUGUUUGCAUCACGAAAGAGGACGGAGAUUUGUCCGAGCACCCAAUCCCUGAACAAUACAAGACAGUAUACGAUGGAAAGAAGUUCGUAACAACGACUAUGGAUUUAAAUUUAUAAACUUGAUGCUGAGUGGAGCGUGAUUUAGAAGACGGUUGUAUCGGUAGUCAUACACAAGAUAAUGCUGGUUAUUUUUAUGGAGAAAGUUUUUACUUCAAAUUUUGCUUAAAAUUAUAAAAAUAAAAAAAUUCAUGAAGGUGCGAUAAAUAAUUUAACUAUUAACAGUAGACGUUACCCAUCCCGUUCUGUUCUGUUUCAGCUUUGUUUUUAAACUCUGUUGAUUUCUCACUAUAGGUCAUAUUCGUUAUAGAUUUUUUGUGUGUGUUUUUGUCUUCUUUGUAUAACUAUUUCUUAAAUGCAUUUUUGUAAACACCUGUAGAUGAAAUAAUUUCCUUAUUUUUUUUGCUGUUCAGUGA